CCCUCCCGCUCACUCUGCCCUUGCUGUAGCAGACACAUUGCAGUCGCAAACGCUCGCACUCACAUCGGCUUGCUCCCUGCAUCAAAACCAACAAAUCACAGACUCACGCAGUUCAAGAAUACAGAGCAGGACUGAAAAAGCAAAAACAAGGCAUUGAUUGAUGGCAAUAAGCGACAUCAGCUGGGACUCAACAGCACGGUUAUAUAAAGGUUCUUCACCGCUGUAGGUAAUGGUUGCCUACUUUGUGGGCAGGGUUUACUGGGACCGUUUGCAAAAGUAAAAACAAAAGAAGCUGUCGGGAAAGAAACGAGGGGUGAGGAUGCUACCCAAAAUCCCUCUUGGAGAAACCUGAGAUGUAGAGGAAAAGGGACCCCUGGAAAGGGCAGCAGUUCUCUCGGAUGGACAUAAGCAGGAAUUUGGAAAUAAAAAAAGUUUACCCUGAGAUUCAAUGGAUUGGAAGCACUUGCUACUGGAAGCACCUUUGCAAAUAGAAGAUCGAAUAAAACAUGCUUUCACUGAAUUCAGAAUUUUAAAAAUGCGGUGAAGUGAAGGAGAAUGGAUGUUGGAUGUAUUUCCUGAAAGAGGAAAUAAUGAAAAUCAAGAAAAAAAAUUAUCCAGACAUACCAACUUCCUUUUAACUGAGGUUCACAGAAGAUUAUGGAAACAGGGCUGAGUGACUCAUGGCGAAGAAAAGAACGGCAAAGCAGUCAUUGUUUCACUUCUGGAUUUUCAUCUGAAGCAAUAAUGGGACUAGCUGGUCAGUUUGCCUAUAAAAGAACUGAAAGGAUUGGAAACCAUUUUAAAUCUUGAUGAAACAGACAUAACAGGUCUGUGGACAACCUGGUUACCAUGCCACACACAGAACCAGGGAGUCCAUCUAGAGGAACCGAUCUGUUGCAAGAACAGGGCAACUCAAAAUGGAUCCAGUCAAGGAGAUAUCCUGCUUCAUCUAACCCUUUCAGCACAAUAAGUGUCCACCCCUGUCCCAUGCCACAAUCAAUUUUCUGGCUGGGUCUCCUAGGCUUUGUAUGGCUGCAGAGCGGACAAGGUGUGUUGGCAGGGGAGACAUGGGGCAUGGUGUCCAUCUGCCCCAUCCACUGUGUGUGUCGGAACUUAUCUGAGUCUUUAAGCACACUUUGUGUAAAUAAAGGUCUGCUUUUCGUGCCACCGAACAUUGAUCGCCGCACUGUGGAGCUCCGUCUUGCUGACAACUACAUCCUGGAAGUGGGAGGUGCAGACUUUGCCAAUAUGACAGGACUUGUUGACCUGACAUUGUCACGCAACACCAUUCAUGCUCUAAAACCACUGGCUUUUGCUGAUCUGGAGAGUCUGCGUUCACUUCACCUGGACACCAACCGUCUCACAAUGGUGGGACCUCAGGACCUGACAGGUCUUGUUAACCUUCAGCAUCUCAUCAUCAACAACAAUCAGCUCACAGACGUUUCAGCGGAUGCUUUCGAUGACUUCCUACUGACUCUGGAAGAUCUGGACCUUUCCUACAACAACCUUCGCAGGGUUCCUUGGGAAUCUAUACAGAAUAUGGCUAGCCUGCACACCUUAAAUCUAGAUCACAAUCUAAUAGACCAGAUUGCUGAGGGUUCUUUCAGUGAGCUCUUCAAACUGUCUCGACUGGAUAUGACCUCAAACAGAUUGCAGACUCUUCCCCCUGACCCACUGUUUUCCAGAUCCCAGAUUGGGGUUGUCAGUCCAACACCAUAUAAUUCCAUCAUCAGCCUUAAUUUUGGGGGGAAUCCCCUGCACUGCAACUGUGAGCUUUUGUGGCUACGACGACUGAUUCGGGAAGAUGACAUGGAGACGUGUGCCACACCUGCUCAUCUGGCGGGUCGCUACUUCUGGUCCAUCCCAGAGGAAGAGUUCACAUGUGAGCCACCACUGAUCACCCGUAAUACCAACAAGCUGUGGGUGUUGGAGGGCCAAAGAGCCACGCUUAAAUGUAGAGCCAUUGGUGACCCUGAGCCAGUUAUUCAUUGGGUGUCACCAGAUGACCGUAUUGUGGCCAACUCCAGUCGCAUUCGUUCAUAUUACAACGGGACACUGGAUUUUUUGGUGACCCGUGCCAGAGAUGAUGGCACCUAUACUUGCAUUGCCAUCAAUGCUGCAGGGGAAUCUACAGCUCUGGUAGAAUUGAAGAUCAUCCCUCUUCCCCAUAGGGGGAAUAGUACAAUAUCCCUUAUUAACCAUAGAGACCCUGGAUCCUCUGAUAUUAGCAGUGGGCGGGGAGGGGUUGAAGGGACAGGGACUGGUGUGGUCACUGUACGGAAUGUCACUGGAGGCAAGGGAGAUACUGGAGAAAGAGGAAGCGGAAGCAGUAACGGAGGAACAGAAACCCUGGUAGGAGUUCUAGGCGUCACAUCCAAUUCAGCUCAGAUUCGCUGGAAAAUGGGUCGAUCCUCAACGCCUUUCUUGGUGUGGAUGUAUCAGAUCCAGUACAAUAGCACUGCUGACGACGCACUUGUUUAUAGAAUUCUGCCUCCAACCAGUAAUAAUUUCCUGCUGAAAAACUUGGUGUCAGGAGCAGACUACAGCCUGUGUGUCUUGGCCAUAUUUGAUGAUGGCAUCUCCUCCCUGGCUACUACAAAGGUGCUGGGCUGCAUCCAGUUCAGCACUAAAGAGGAUUAUCCAGAAUGCCGUUCUCUGCACGCUCACUUCCUGGGCGGCACGCUGACAGUGAUGGUGGGUGGUGUGGUGGUAGUAACCCUUCUGGUCUUUACCGUGGCCAUGAUGGUGCGCCAUCGCGUAUGCGGAGAGUGCCGGGAUGAUGCCAACAGGCCCGGCAAGUUCUUGCCGGCCAAAGGGGUGGAUGUUUACGCCCAGACGAACGGAAACAACAGUAUGAUAAUGGUGGCGUUGCCAAAUGGAGUCUUGGCCCAAAGAACAAAAGACAAACACAAGCCCAGUUCUCUCCCAAAACCUAAACAGAGCCCGGAGCCACACCAAGGCACACACGAUAGGGGUGACGGGGCUGUGAGGGAAAAAUGUUUUAGUCCUCUCACACCAGAAAGUGAGAGAUUGACACUCUUCUACUCCCCAAGUAACACACUGCCCAUGCCGACACAAAAACGAGCAGGUAGGCUCAAGUUGCGGAAGUCUCUGGAGAAAGACAGAGACAUAGACAGACAGGUCUUGGCCUCGCUUGCAUUGACACAAGAUGGAGAUGACGGAAGGGAAGGAGGCUCAGACUUGAGGCAGGCACUGAAAACCAAGCGUAGCUGCUCUUUUGAUGCGGGUGAAAUCACCACCACCAGGUGUUACAGCUACGCCAAGCGGCUGAGCGUCAUCUGGACCCGCCGUAGCCAGUCGCUACAUGGCAUGCUUGUACACUGUGCCUCCACCACCAGCACAUCCAGCACAGGUAGCAGCGAGCAGUAUGGCAACGGCCUAACGCACAACUAUCUACAUGCCUUCACUUCUAACAACUCCUCCAACUCGACUUCAGACUCAAACAGUAGCAUGACCGUCAAUCCAAGAGACCUGGAGGAAAGCGUGGUGUAGAGUGUGAAAGAAAGAUUCGAAUUUAGGCAGGGGAAGUGACACCUAAGAAAGGCUGAUACAAACAAAUGUAGUAACAAAAGAAAGAACAAUAAAAAAAAAAAAUUGAUAAAAAAAAAUUAUCAGGGGAAGGCAAGAUUGAUGAGAAGUAAUGCUCCCUGACACAAAGGAAUGGCUAUUAUUUGAUGACCGCUAUUAUUCUGAGCCACAACAAGGCUCAAAAUCAAAUUAUGUGAAGACAAAGAAUGACAAGUAGGAUUUGAAGAAAUGAGAUUCAAGGACAGGCUUGUUUUUUUACGACAGGCCCAAGGCAUGGGGGAUUACAACCUAAACCGUCUGUUUCAACAAGAUUAAUUAACCAAUUAAUAAAUUAUUGAAUAAAUCAGCCUCGACUUUAUGCAGAAGAAACACUAUUCGAAUGCUAAUGAGGAGCUGAAAAACUAAGGGGGUAAAUAUCACAAAAAACAAUAACAAUUCAAACCCAAAGAGAGAACGCAUUAUCUGUUGAAAUACACUGUUGCAAAGAAGCACAACAUGUCUGGGACUUCUAAUGAGGGAAAGUAUAUAAAUAUGCUGUAAAGUUUCUCUUCACUCUUUUAAUUUUUUCUGGUGGUUAUGUUUUUCAAUGAAUUGAAAAGAUGGAAGAAGGGGGACUCACAGAACACUUAAACACAUUGGUGUUAAAAACGGAGAAACCAUUUGUUCAAAUGUCAUUCAACAGUGAUCUGAAUAGUCAUUAUUGUUCUUGUCUGUUCAGCCUUUUUGCAGAGUCAUAAAAAGAAUAAAAAUCUGUUAUGUAAAAAUGAUAUUCUGUAUUGUGGAAUGAAGCUGUAAUGAAGCUCUAAUUGAGAUCAAUCUGAUAUGAUAGCUCCAAGGUUAAUUGCUUAAGAGAAGCUGGAAUAAAAAGCCAUAUGGCAAAAGAACCAAAAAAAAAAACAAGAGUGCAGGCAACAUGGCAUACAGCGCCCCCCAAAAAAAUGAUUAAAAUGUCAGAUAGGAUAAUCAGCUUAAUGCCUCUAAUGUACUAACUCUAGCUCAUCUAACUUAACUGGAGAUUUAAUUGCAGAUAAUAAACAAAAACAACAACAACAACAACAACAACAACAAGGUCUGUUAAUCUGCAAGACCUCAAAAAAGUACUGUGUUAUAUGAGCCAAGGCUUCAAGAUGAAGCUUGUAAUUUCCUGUUAUAUUUCUUCCAUUCUGCUGUGUAAAGCCCAAUACAGACCACUUUAUGAAACAGACGGCAAAAGAGGAGGAAAACAGGACGAAGAUGAAAGGAAAGAGGCAGGGGUGAAGGUGUGUACCAGAAAAAGAGGACAGUGGCGCAGUUGGGGGAGGUUUCCUGUCUGCCUGGUUUGUGUGUUAUGCUAAGCGCUUUGUUACAAUGAAUAUUGCAAAUGGUCCUUGAAGCUCAGGUUAUAGCCGAUACGAUAUAUGGAAUAUAUGCAUACAUCAGUGCGAGUUUAUGGAAUCAAUAGUAGGCUAUGUGUGUUAAAUCAAUACCCGCUCUUUUCUAAAACCUAACAAGCUGCUUCACUUACUACUGUCUACACUAGCUGCUGCCUUCAAAGUUAACAUCUAUAUCAAAAUGCAAGUCUGAUUUAAAGCCAUUCAACAAAUAGUGCUACUCAUAUAAACAGCUUAAGAGCCUUGUCUAAUGCUUAAAGUUUCAGUUCCAGACUGGGGUUUGUGAUGGAACGGCAGGGGGUUUGUGAGUUUAAUGAAAAGCUAUUAAGUAAUUAAAUCAUAAAAAUUUAAAGUUAAAAUAAAUAAAAACAAUCUGAGAAGCUGGGGUUUAGCUGCCCAAUCCCCUCUAAAGCCAACAGACCAGCCUGAUUGGGCUGAGAGAACAGUUAAGACCAGCUUAGGCUGGUUUAAGUAGGAUUUUUCCAGUAGGAUCCAUAGAUACAGUAGCUCACUAGAGUAUGGAACAUAGCUACACACACCAGGAAUCUAUGAUGAGGUCCUCCCUCAUUUCUUUGGCAUAAUAAAAGAUGGAAAAAAACAAGAUUAAAGAAAAAAUGUAUAAUCAUAAAGGGAAAAAAAUGAUUGUCAUAAGACCUAGCAGACUAAAAAAAUUGCCAGAGAAAAGUACGACUUCACACAGAUGUGAUAUCUAGUUCCAGUCAGGAACAGCAUGUACUAAUCGCAUGGUCUCAUUUUUACGGGCACUUUUGUUGUCAGAGCCUGAUGUCUAAAAUCAUGAGCAUGCUUUUUAUUUCCAAAGCACCCCCAGAGUGCAUAAAUGUCUUUACAAACUCCAUGAAGAGCAUGCAACUCCCAAUGCAUGAAAGACGAUGUGGGCAGCACAGGGAGGAGGUGGUGGAGGAGAUGAUGGAACGGUUCCGUAUGAUUGCUACAGGCGACAUUCUGCCCUCCUUUACCCAAUUAAAACCUACUGAUUGGCACAUAGGUGGUUAGCCGAUCAUGCAUGCAGGAGCAGUGAUGCAGACAGAGCUGGCCUGUUCUCUCUCUGGCGGUGAUGACUCUACUGCAGCUGCAGCAGCUGAGCUCUCCCUCCUCUCUCUCUCUCUCUCCCGAGAGUCUUGACAAGACGAUAGCUAGUGCAAUACACGCACGCAACACACACACACACACAAAAAUACCUGUAGCCUAAGCAACUUCAGUCCUUUGAGAGCUAAACUCUAACCCACUAUACUAUGGGUUUCCACCACAAAACACGAUGGUUCACAUUUACAGUAUUCACAGAGAGGACUAGAUACUGUACAGUUCUCAUAAAGAUGAAGUUCUUGAAUGGAUAGUCCUGCCAUCUUUUACUGACCCUCAUGUCAUUCCAAACCUGUAUGACUCAUUUUCUUCUGCAGAACACAAAUAAGAUAUUCUGACAAACUGAUUUUGAUAUUUGGAAGAAAUUUGGAAACUGAUUGCAUCAAUUAUUUAAGUUUAGAAAGCAAUCGUUAUGAGUACUGUGAACUUAUUUAAUUUGAGUUCACUAAAGAGAGACAGAGAGAGAAGAAAAUGAAAAUAUGUAAGGAAAAAAAAGUGUUUAAUAUUGUUUCACAAAAAAUGGUUGGUAAUGUUAAAUUGUGCUGAUAUCCUACUGACCAAAAAUGUUAGAUAGAACAUCCAGCCAUCCGUUCUAAAAUCCAGUCAGAAGACGUCCGUUUUGUCAGUUAUCCAAAACUGUCAACAGAGUAUUGUCUAAUAUCCAAAAUCAGUUAACAAAACUAUAUUUUGUCUGGUACCGCAAACAGUAAUAACUCAACGUUUUCUAUCAUUCUGAGAGGUUGACAGAGGAAGCCGAGAAAUAGCAGGAAGCAGGAGACAAAGUGAUGAUAAAAGUAAGCAGGGUUUAUUGAAUAAUCUAUUAAAUGAGCUGCAUAAUAAUUCUCAAACUUAGACUGAACUUCAUCCCUACUUUAUCCACACUUUGUUCCAUAGUUUACUUCGUCUGACCAGCACACAUCCAACAAGUGUUGUUAUACCAAAGCAAAAGCAAUGGAAAAUUACUGCUUUACAUCAUAGUCCUGUGAAACACCUUGAAUAGAGACGCUCUUAUUGCUUAUUCAUAAAUUCAAAUCAAUCAACACAAUUAAUCAACAGCAAGGAAAAUAAGUGAAAUAAUUAAAAUAAUAAAAAUGAAUAAAUAAUGAUAUGAUUAAACAGAACAAUGAAAUGAUUAUAAAUGAAUAAAUUCAUUAAAAAAAAAAAAACACAAAUGUAUGGUUGCUCUCUUGAAGCAACAUGCACACAAGUUGCUAUUGAGAAUGCUUAAAGGAAUUGUUCACCCAUGAUGCAACUCCCCUUCUCUUAUGUCAAAAUCCUCUGAUUUUUCUUUAAAACUUCUCAUUUUGUUUUGCUCUCUGAGCGUUUGUCAAUGCUCAUCUAAGCCUACAUCAUACAUCAGGUCAGAGUUCACCCUUCUGUCGGAACUCGACUGCCUCGUGAACACGCAUACGGCUGUUGCCGGAAGCCAGUGAUUAUAAAGUUUUAAAUAUGGAUAUAUACAAAAUAAAUUGCUUCACUUCAGAAGGAAUUUAUUAACCCACUGGAGUCGUAUGGAUUACUUUUAAGAUGGAUGUGCUUUUUGGAGCUUCAAAAGCUCAGCCACUAUUCAAUGCCUUUACAAACCUUGGAAGAGCCAUUAUAUUAUUUAAUAUAACUCCGAUUGUGUUGGGGUGAAAGAAGAAAGCCAUAUACACCUAGGAUGGCUUGAGGGUGAGUAAAUUAUGGGAUACUUUUCAUUGUUGGUUGAACUAGUCCUUCACUACAACAAAAAAGGGAAAACAAAUCCAAAGAAGAAAAGACAAAAUGUUGAAUAUUUUGUUUCACAAAAAUGUCUCAUUAUGGAAAUAAAAUGGUUGCUGAAUUCACUUUUAUGAAAAAAAAAAAAAAAGAAACUGAUCAAAUCAAAAAGAAAAAAGGUCAAAUGAAA